AUGGCAUCUGAGGGACCACUGUUUGACCCGUCGUUGAAGAAACGAAAGAAAAAGCAGGUCGCGUUCUCUGAGGACCCUCUCGGUGCUGAUGCCGACCCUACCACCCCCGCACCCGCUGUCAUUGACAAUACUACGACAAAUGGAGAUGCGGUGGACAUGGGACCAACCACUGUGCACGAGCAGAUGAUGCAGAAUGGCAUAAGUGGCGCGGAUGCGGAAGGUGUAGAUAAGAAGGAGGAGGACGAAGACUUUAAAGCAAUGUUUGGUGAUCUGAAGAAGAAGAAGAAAAAGAAGGAGAUCCCACUAGAUCUGCCGGAGGAGGGUGAUGGUGCAGCAACACCUCCUGCUGCCUCUGAAGAUCUUGACUUCUCGGACCUGAAGAAGAAGAAGAAGUCGACGAAGAAGAAGGCUGUGCUAGAUAUGGAGGCGUUUGAGAAAGAAUUGAACGAGUCGAAAGCAAAGGAAGCGGAAGAGGAUGAAGGCGGAGAGGAAGUACUCGCAGAGGUCGACGAGACGGAGCUCGGAGAGGAUCCGUUCACGCGAAGUGAGACUGCUUCGAGCUUAGAUGCUGGGAAUGAGCCAUGGCUCAAUAGCGACCGCGACUAUACAUACCAAGAGCUGCUUCAACGAUUUUAUGUGCAACUGCACGCAUCCAACCCUGCCCUUCUUAAUGCUACUGGCAAACGAUACACGAUUGCUCCUCCCCAGAUCAUGCGAGAAGGAAACAAAAAGUCGAUCUUUGCGAAUGUGUCGGAUAUUUGUAAACGGAUGCACAGACAACCGGAGCAUGUCAUCCAGUAUAUGUUUGCGGAGAUGGGUACUACUGGUUCCGUCGACGGCUCGGGUCGUCUUGUUAUCAAGGGCAAGUUCCAGCAGAAGCAGAUCGAGCAUGUGUUGCGUCGAUAUAUUGUGGAAUAUGUUACGUGCAAAACCUGCAAGUCCCCCGAUACACUCCUCACGAAGGAGAACCGUAUCUUCUUCAUGUCUUGCGAGUCGUGUGGAUCACGGCGAUCUGUGGCGACAAUCAAGACUGGUUUCCAGGCGCAAGUCGGAAAGCGCAGCAAAAACAAGAAGGGCUGA